GACUGUAGUGAGUUAAUUAACAUUAACUUUUGGGGGGUGGUGGUUGUUCUCCGAGGCAGCGAUGGAAAAAUAUCACAAGAGACUGAAAAUGAAUGGAUGAGGCCCAGCCUGAAAUUCGUUAAACCCUGCUCUGCUCUGUUCUCUUCUCGGAAAUGAAGGAAAUCAUCUGAAGAAAAUUUCAAAUUACCUAGCUUUUCUUUUGCUCUUUUUGAAGUUCGGAAGGAUCGGAGAAAGGGAAGAAAAAUGUCUUCUUUGUUUCAAUCUUGCUCAUCAUCCAUAGCUUCGUCGCUCACUUCUCGUUCUUCUCUACGCUCUCGGAGUUUGAGCUUGAAUUUCUUCCCAAACAACUCCAGCACUCGCAUCCCAGCCUCCCAAAAUUGCGUCAAGUGUAGUUUGGUGGAGCCUUUGAAGUAUGAGAACGGGAGGCCCUGCAUUCCAAGUCUUAGCAGUGAACUGCCAAUUCCGAGUCGAUUAGCUGCGAACACAGCCCGCUUGGAAGAUGCACCUGAAAAGAGUGACACUCGGCUCCGGAUAUUCUCCGGCACGGCCAAUCCCGCACUUUCUCAGGAAAUAGCAUGCUACAUGGGUCUGGAGCUUGGAAAGAUUAAGAUAAAACGUUUUGCUGAUGGCGAGAUAUAUGUUCAGUUGCAAGAGAGUGUCAGAGGGUGUGAUGUCUAUCUUGUGCAACCCACAUGUCCUCCCGCAAAUGAAAAUCUUAUGGAGCUUCUGAUAAUGAUCGAUGCUUGUCGAAGGGCAUCGGCUAAAAAUAUUACUGCAGUGAUUCCGUAUUUCGGAUAUGCCAGGGCUGAUAGAAAGACUCAAGGGCGUGAAUCCAUUGCGGCCAAACUAGUGGCUAAUUUGAUUACAGAAGCAGGUGCAAACCGUGUUCUUGCUUGUGAUCUCCAUUCAGGGCAGUCCAUGGGCUAUUUUGAUAUUCCAGUAGAUCAUGUAUAUGGUCAGCCUGUUAUACUUGAUUACCUUGCCAGCAAGUCUAUAUGCUUUGAUGAUCUAGUAGUGGUCUCGCCAGAUGUUGGUGGAGUUGCUAGAGCUCGUGCUUUUGCCAAAAAGUUAUCCGAUGCACCUCUUGCCAUUGUAGAUAAAAGGCGUCAUGGGCACAAUGUCGCAGAGGUGAUGAAUCUCAUAGGUGAUGUGAAGGGAAAAGUAGCGGUAAUGGUGGAUGACAUGAUCGACACAGCGGGGACUAUUUCCAAAGGUGCAGCUCUUUUGCACCAAGAGGGGGCCAGGGAAGUCUAUGCAUGCAGUACACAUGCUGUUUUUAGUCCUCCCGCAAUUGAGAGGUUAUCGAGUGGUUUGUUUCAAGAGGUGAUCAUAACAAAUACGAUUCCGUUGUUGGAGCAAAACUAUUUUCCUCAGCUAACAGUCUUAUCAGUAGCAAACCUCCUUGGGGAAACCAUAUGGCGUGUUCAUGAUGACUGCUCUGGUGGCUUUGAAUCUUAUUCCAGUUUGGGUAUCGACUGAUGAUUUACGUGGACUGUGCGCAUUUCGCUGCAUUAGUUGCUGUUGCUAGCUGUCUUGUUACAAACACAAAUUAAUAGUAAACUCAAAAUGUAAUAGUGAGAGCACCUCUGCUUUUCAGCUUGUUUCUAAAGUUUUCAAAGUUUUUAGUCGAGGUUUAUGGAUAGGUUCUUUUUAAUAGCUUGAAUCCAACCUUUUGUAGUAGGUCUUCAUGGAUUCUGAGAUCUGAAUACUCCCAACUAUUACUAUUUCUUGAGAAAGUGGCUAAGAAUGCCUUAUAUUCAGAUAAUGAUAAUUGGAUUACUGAGA